AUCUCAUGACACCACGACUGUAGCUUCCACGGGCCAACCCCUUCCCCAGGCCUACCACCCACGCAAAUCGCCAUGGCUUCCCGCAUCGGUCCCCGGAGCGUCAAGGACGCGACGCGCUUCACCUCGAAUAUUCCGCACGCCGGCGCCAAGGGGCCCUCCUCGGCCGCGUCCGCCGUCCAGAAGCCCUCGGCCGUGGCGAGCUCCCGCAUCCCAGGCGAAACCCCCGAGCAGCGCGUCCGGCGGUUACGACAGGCCCAUCUGGCGGCCCAGCAGGCCCAGAUCAGCAAGGCGGACAGGGUCAUCAGCGUCUCGCGGAGGUUCUUUGACGCGGCUCAUCGGUUCACAGUCGGGGGCGUCAUCCUCUUCACUGUUGUCGCCGGCGUCGUCAGUGUAUACUCGGUAUGGGACAUGCUCCGAUACAACCGCGCCCGUCGCGCCGAAUGGAUCGAGGCCCAGAAGAAACUCGAAGCCGAUGAACUCGCCACCGCACGACUCGCCUACCUCAAGGGCCUUGCGACCGAGGAACAGAUUGAGCUUGUAGAGGAGGCCAACCGCGAGGCGGAGAAGAGGGGCGAGAAAUUGCCGCCUCUGCUGGCACCCCCAGAGCACCGCACGCACUUUGAGGAGACUGUGCAGCCCGCCUUCACCGAGCGUACAGAGGGCGGAGGCAUGGGCAAAGGCAAGGGCAUCUUUGGUCUCUUCUCCGGCAGCAGCAAGAAAGAGGAGAGCAACGUCCCGGCCGUGGCGAACAACGUGCAGGCUGAGGUGCAGACUAUCGAGGACAAGGCCUUGGGGGCGUGGGAGCGUGAGAAACAGAACCAGCGCGAGGGCGGGAGCCUGGAUCGGUUAGGGACGGAUCCGUCCCCGGAAAAGAAGAAGGGCUGGCUCUGGUGAGGGGCGGGAUAUGUACAUGAUGGCAUUGGGAAGGCAGGCUGUAUCAUAUGUGUAGAUCAGGCAGUGCAUUAGACGGCGCUUGGGGCUCUUUGUACAUGUAUAUCCUAGGCGAGCUAGUAUUCAAGCAUUGUAAUUGUCACGCGAUUUUCGUGACCAAUAUGGGGAAACGCAACGCUGGUUGAUGAUGCCUGUGACAGGCUGGUGUUCGGUGAUUGUAC